UUCUGAGAUUCUAAAGCCUCCACGCUUUGUCUUCACAUACAGAGAUCAUUUAAAACUGGAAAAUGAAAUCGAGAAGGUCUAAGAAUAAAGUUACAGUGAGAAAAUUGAAAAAGGUUGAAGAGGAUGAUCGGAGAACUUCAUCAUGAGCUGGAACUGCACGUGCCGGCGAGUGAGGCAUGGGAUCUGUUCGGUACCCUUCGAAUAGGGCAAUUGAUCGCCGAAGAACUUCCGCAGCUUUUUCAAAGUGUGGAGCUAACAGAAGGUGAUGGAGGAGUUGGCACCGUCCUCAAAUUAACUUUCGCACCAGGUGUGGAUGGGCCGAAGGGGUACAAGGAGAAGUUCACGAAGAUUGAUAAUGAGAAUCGCGUAAAGGAAACAGAGGUGGUUGAAGGAGGGUACUUGGAAUUAGGGUUCAGUCUAUUUAGGGUUCGUUUAGAAGUGAUAGAGAAAGGUGAAAAGUCAAGCAUAAUCAAAUCUACCAUCGAGUAUGAAUUGAACGAAGAAAAUGCUUCCAAUGCUUCACUUGUCUCUAUUCAGUCACUGGCCACCAUUGUUGAACUUGCCAAGAAUUACCUCAACAAGAACAAGCCUUCCACUCAAUGAAGGAAGAAGAACUUCUCACCUUGCUUAGUUCAUGAAUAAAAGUUACAUUUUGCAUCUUUUGAUUUGUUUCAUCGUUUCAUAUCAUGGUGAUCUGUUUCUGCUUAGAUGAGGAACUUGUAUUCUGAGAAUGGGUUAUAUCUAUCAGUAUGAUUAUCAGAACCUACAAUACAAUAUUCUGAUCGGUAAAA